UUACCUCGCGCGCUUGGUUCAAUUCUGAAAGUUCGGAAAGAAAACUUGUGUAAGUCGCGAGUAAUGGAGGAUUUAAUCGGCCCGUUUUUUUCCCCUACGGCAGGCUGGAAACCGUAAUUCAUAGCAUAGAGGGAUAAAUCAAUCUCCUAACAUGUCAACGUUGGAUAUUAAAACCGUUGGGCCAUACAUUUUACAAGAAACCCUAGGCCGUGGACAAACAGGAGUAGUGAAACUUGGAGUUCAUUGCCAAACAAGGAAGAAAGUAGCUGUCAAAAUUAUCGACCGUACAAAGCUAAGCGAACAAGUCUUAACUAAGGUUGAGCGAGAGAUCGCUAUCAUGAAACUCAUAGAACACCCACAUGUAUUGGGGCUGUAUGAUGUGUAUGAAAACAGAAAACACUUAUUUCUUAUUCUGGAGCAUGUGUCAGGUGGAGAGCUGUUUGACUACCUCGUCAGAAGAGGAAGAUUACCUAUUAAUGAGGCAAGACGAUUUUUUGCUCAGAUAGUUUCUGCUGUUGACUUCUGUCAUAGACACUGCGUUUGUCAUCGUGAUUUAAAGCCAGAGAAUCUUCUCCUGGACAGACGUAUGAACAUUAAGGUGGCCGACUUUGGCAUGGCGUCACUACAGGCUGGUGAUAACUCUAUGCUGGAAACGAGUUGCGGGUCGCCUCAUUACGCCUGUCCAGAAGUUAUACGGGGGGAAAAAUAUGACGGCCGGCGUGCAGACACGUGGAGCUGUGGAGUGAUUUUAUACGCAUUACUAGUGGGAGCAUUACCUUUUGAUGACGAUAACUUACGACAUUUAUUAGAAAAAGUAAAACGGGGAGUUUUUUCCAUACCAUCGUUCGUACCAUCCGACCUACAAAACCUUUUAAGAGGCAUGAUCAAUGUAGACCAAGAAAAAAGAUACACGCUUCAGCAAGUCAAAAGACAUCCCUUUCUUUAUAGUUACAAAGAAGACUUGCCCCCUGAUCCAGACGUUGUAGACAUUGUUAAGAUUGAUGACAUCACGUGCAAAGAUGAAAUCGACCCUGACGUUCUGGCUUGCAUGAAGUCACUUGGCUGCUUUAAGAACAAAGACAAGCUACUUACAAACCUGCUCAGCAACGAGAAAACGAUCGAGAAGGUAGUGUACUUCUUGUUGCUGGAGCGCAAGGAGCGCGUGCCAUGUAAUGAGGACACGGAGGUCGCGCAGAUCAACAGCCGACUAACCAACCUCGUUGAAGACCCUCCUAGGAAGCGCGUCGAUUCGUGUGGCUCGCCAAGACUCCAUAGAUCAAGACACCCGAUUAUGUCAAGCGCCUCUCCUCCAAUCACCGGCCGACCGCGGGCCGAAACUCACUCUGGGGCAAUAAGUACUCCCGUGACGCUGAUCCACAUCAGUCCCAAGCACCAGGCGUACCCACCUAACAAGAGCCCCAACAGUACCCCUCCUGACUCCCCCGUACACACGACCCCGCCUGGCAGCCCCUGGAAAUCACGACUCGCCAACUUCAAACAAGUCAUCGUAGGCUCACCCAGGUUUCACCGCAGAAAGACCCACUCACACGGUCAAGGAAGUGGAUCUGGCGACACCACCCCCGUCUGUCCAUCUCCGGAAUCAUCACCAGAUGUCGUUAAACGCUCGUGGUUUGGUCAUAUUAUGCUUGGACACAACGGCCAGCAUCGCCAAGAGCCCUUCUUUAUCGUAGUCAAAGGAAAGUCAUUCAGUACCGUCAAAGCUGAUGUCGUACACGCCUUUCUAUCUGUCAGAAACCUUACCCACUGUGUCGUCACGCAGCGGAGCUUUAAGGCAGAGUAUAAAAAAGUGGGAGGGAAGAAGAUGUUCAAUAAGCCUGUCCGUAUCCUUGUGGAGAUAGCGCAAGUAGAAGACGCGAGGUGUGACCCGGAAGUCAAGGUGCACACUGUCUCCAUCGUUCUUGAGUCUGGUCCGGCACACAGAUUCAAGAAGCUGUGCGAAAAACUGCAGCUGAUAUUGCUUUCCAAUACGCGCCAGUCAUCCAAGAGGGACAGCAUUAACACGACCGCUGGCGACGAGAACGAGGGCCUGGUCGGCGAUGAGAAAAACGCCCCUCUCACCCCCCCACAACAAACUCGACUAGAACUGACUCACCUGUCGGAUACGGAGAGCGAGAGCGAGAUUCUGGAAAGCCCGCUCCUCGCCAAAAAAGCAAGCAUUAAGAUACUGAAGAAUGGUAACUAGCCCACUUCUGAGUGUUAAGACAAGGUAGACAUACUCAGAAUUUUAAGAAGUGAUGGUGACAUAGACUUAUUCUGGUCGUAUUAGCCAAGUUGAAUAUUGUCAAAAUUUGGCUGCUACAAAAGCAACGCGCGUUACUUUUGCCGUCGACGGCGAGUUAUCAGAGAACCUGCGCAAGUAUUACUGGUAACCAAAAAUCCUUGGUUUGACUUGUAUGGUUUGCUUCUACUUUCUGUCUGGAAUUUAUUAUUUGGUGAAGUACAACAUCGUUCAGCUAUAGAGCGAUGAAUCGCACGUUGAUUGUAGCGGAUUCAGCGUAUUGAUUGGACGCAGGGUCUCGCUAAAGUCGCACUUGUGUCACGCUAUAGUCGCACUUGUGUCACGCUAUAGUCCCAAAUGUUGUCACGCAAUAGUCACACAUGUGUCACGCUAUAGCAAAUUUGUGUCACGCUAAAGUCGCACAUGUUGUCACGCUAAAGUCGCGCUUGUGUCACGCUGUAGUUGCGCUUGUGUAACGCUAUAGCCACGCUUAUGUCACGCUAUACUUGUAGUCGCACCGAAAACACGGCAAACCCCUCACUUGAAUUAGCACCGUUAUACCACCGAUAAUAAUAUAAAAAUACGCAUAUCUAUGUCAGUCAUACUCAUACAUGUAAGCUGUAACAGCAAGGGCCGCGGUAUUUUUGGUAUUUUUUAAUACACUGUCUUUCAAAUUAAAUUCCUCAUCGGAAUCCCUAGGUUUGUUGGGGUUUUUCUACUUAAAUACCGAUAAUUUUUCUUCCUGGAAAUGAGUGUUUUCUUACAUCACAUACAUAGAGUAAUUUUUCACAAAAUAACAGGGCUCAGUUAUAUUCCUAGAUUCAAUAGACCUUUCACUCUUUAUUCAAUAGACCUGUCACAUGAAAAUGCCCUCCCUUAUCUUAUAUCCACGCGAUUUCACACUAUACCCACAAAUCAUGCAACAAGUUACCUUCAGACAUCAACAUUCUCCCGCCCGCACCUCAAUCAGUGAGGAGCAACUCCCAUAAAAAUGCAUGUUAUUUAUUAGUCUCGUUUCUUUUAUUCUCUUAAUGUUUUGUAAUCUUUUGUAAGUCUUACUUUAUCUCAGAAUGCAAGGGUUUCUAUUUCUCACAUUCGCUUUUUAUGGACCAAUUCGUAUCAUUUAGAGAGUAACUUGUGACUAGACUUCCAAACUACACUUCUUUGCAUUUGAUAAAGAAUCAUGGGAACAAU